AUGAAAAUGGAUGAUAAUGGUUCAAAUAUUGGAUAUUUUUUGAUGUGCCUCUUGAUCCUGAUCUUCCUCAAUGGAGAAACCGAAGCGAGGACUUGCGGUAAAGCAAAAAUUUCUUGUGUUAACAAAACCUCAUACGUCAAAUGUACGAGAAUAUUUUUUUGUGCCUACUACGAGACGGUGAACCAUAAUUGCCCGGUUGGUUCAGUUUGCAACCAGGAUCUUGGGUGUGUGUCACCUGACAUUUGCAGUAGCCGAAACAUCCAUUGUAUAAACAGCACAACCUACAUCUAUUGCUACUACAUUUUCUAUGGAAUCUAUAAAACCUAUGGAACCAUCCAACGGUGUCCAAAUGGGACUACAUGUAGUCAUGACAGUUUUACUACUAAUUGUGUGGAAAGUGUUACUUCAUCGUCUACAUCUACGACCGCAAAGAAAACUAUUGCAGGAUCUACAUCAACAGCUUUUACUACAGAUAAAAUUUUUACUACUAUAAAGCCAACAGCUCUUUCUGAAACUUCCCGUACAACAUCUAGCAGUCCUCCAACAAUUAUACCUACAAUAACAAAGGAAGUCAGUACAAGUUCUACAGCAACACAUCCUAUCACAACAGUGUCAACUUCUCCUAAGAAUUUUUCUACUGUGAAUCCAACAACUGCUUCUGAAAGUUCUCUUUCAACUACUAGCAUUUCUCAAAGUAGUACUCAACCAGCUACAUCUAAAAAAGAAACCACCGCGUGCUCUACAGCAGGAUAUAUUACGACUACAGUAUCAUCCUCUUCUGGUAGUACAGAUAAGAGUUCUACUGCUGUAAGUCCAAACAUUGUUUCCGGAACUUCUUCUCCAGCUACUACCAGUCCGCCAAGCAGUACUCAAAAAGCUACACUUACACCUACAAAGGCAUCUACCACGAGCUCUACUGUAACCACAGAAAAGAGUCCAACAACUACUGUUUCCGAAACUUCUCCUUUAACUACUACCAGUCCACCAAGCACUGCUCAAGAAGCUACACUUACACCUACAAAAAAAUAUACGACGAGCUCUACUGCAGGAUUUACGACUACAGUAUCAUCCUCUUCUAUGACCACAGAUGAGAGUCCAACAACUGUUUUCGAAACUUCUUCUCCGACUACUACCAGUCUACCAAGCACUACUCAAGAAGCUACACCUAGAUCUACAAAGGAACCUACCACAAGCUCUACUGUCAAAUGCACGACUACAGCAUCAUCCUCUUCUGCGACCACAGAUAAGAGUCCAACAACUGUUUUCGAAACUUCUCCUCUAACUACCACCAGUCCACUAAGCACUACUAAAGCAGCUACACCUACAAAGGAACCUACCACAAGCUCUACUGCCGGAUAUAGGACUACAGCCUCUUCUGCGAUCACAGAUAAGAGUCCAACAACCGAUUCUGAAACUUCUCCUCCAACUACUACCAGUCGUCCAAGCACUACAGAAGAAGUUACACCUACACCUACAAAGGAACCUACCACAAGCUCUACUAUUAAAUACACGACUACAGUAUCAUCCUCUUCUGCGACCACAGAACAGAGUCCAACAACUGUUUCAGAAACUUCUCCUCCAACUACUACCAGUCCACCAAGCACUACUCAAGAAGCUACACCUACACCUACAAAAGAAUAUACGACGAGUUCUACUGCAGGAUAUACGACUACAGUUACAGUGACCACAGAUAGGAGUCCAACAACUGUUUCCGAAACUUCUCAUCCAACUACCACCAUUCCACCAAGCACUACUCAAGAAGCUACACCUACACCUACAAAGGAACCUACCACAAGCUCUACUAUCAAAUACACGUCUACAAUAUCAUCCUCUUCUGCGACCACAGAUAAGAGUCCAACGGCUGUUUCCAAAACUUCUCCUCCAACUACUAGCGGUCUACCAAGCACUACUGAAGAAGCUACACCUACACACGAACCUACCACGAGCUCUACUGCAGGAUUUACGACUACAGUAUCAUCUUCUUCUGCGACCCCAGAUAAGAGUCCAACAAGCGUUUCCGAAACUUCUCCUCCAAGUACUACCAGUCCUCCAAGCACUACUAAAAAAGCUACACCUACACCUACAAAGGAACUUAGCACAAGCUCUACUGUCGAAUACACGACUACAGUAUCAUCCUCAUCUUCUGCGAUCACAGAUAAGAGUCCAACAACUGUCUCCGAAACUUCUACUCUAACUACUACCAUUCCACCAAGCAGUACUGAAAAAGCUAUACCUACUUCUACAAAGGAGCCUACCACAAGCUCUACUGCCGAAUGUACGACUACAGUAUCAUCCACUUCUGCGACCACAGAUAAGAGUCCAGCAACUGUUUCUGAAACUUCUCCUCCGACUACUACCAGUCUACCAAGCACUACUCAAGAAACUACACCUACACCCACAAAAGAAUCUACCACAAGCUUUACUGCAGGAUAUACGACAGUUGCAUCUUCUUCUGUGACCACAGAUAAGUGUCCAUUAACUGUUUCCGAAACUUCUCCAACUACUACCAGUCUUCCAAGCAGUACUGAAAAAGCUACACCUGCACCUACAGAGGAGCCUACCAAGAGUUCUACUGCAGAAUAUACGACUACAAUAUCAUCCUCUUCUGUAACCACAGAUAAGAGUCCAACAACUGUUUCCGAAACUUCUCAUCCAACUACAACCGGUCCACCAAGCACUACUCAAACAGCGUCUCCUACAUCCACAAAGGAACCUAUCACGAGCUCUACUGCAGGAUAUACUACCACUAAAAUAUCAAAUUCUUCUGCGACUGCUGAUAAAAGUUCCACGUCUGUUUCUGUAGCGUCCCUAUCCACUACUACAAGUUCUACAGCAAAAUCAUCAUUGACUACAGCUCAUAUUAGUAUUACGACUUCAGCUACAAGCACAACAUCUCAAUCUACUACAACUGGUUCCACCACUGCAGCAUCCAAACUGUGUGGUAGCAGAAACAUAUGUUGCUAUACCAGCUGGAGCUACACGAAUUGCUACACCCUCAUGGGAAUGAUGGUUGCUGUCGGACUCACGCAGUUCUGUCCUUAUGGAACUACAUGUAACCAAAACAGUGCUAUUGCCAAGUAAGUACCUA